AGCGCAGCAAGCUCCACACACUGUGACAGGAAAGAACGGGCCUUGUGCUCACAGAGGAAACGACAGGUCAGCACAGAGGAAUGUUCUGACUGCAAAAGGCAGUGCUACGGACCGAUCAUGGGUGACUGGAGUUUUCUGGGAAACAUUUUAGAGGAAGUCAACGAGCACUCCACAGUGAUCGGCAGGGUGUGGCUCACGGUGCUCUUCAUCUUCCGCAUCCUCAUCCUGGGCACGGCGGCGGAGUUCGUGUGGGGCGACGAGCAGUCCGACUAUGUGUGCAACACGCAGCAACCCGGUUGUGAGAACGUGUGCUACGACGAGGCCUUUCCAAUAUCACAUAUCCGCCUCUGGGUGCUGCAGAUCAUUUUUGUGUCCACGCCGUCUCUGGUGUACGUGGGCCAUGCCGUGCACCACGUGCACAUGGAGGAGAAGCGCAAGGAGCGUGAGGAAGCCGAACUUAGUCGGCAACAGGAGCUGAGCGAGGAGAGACUGCCGCUGGCACCCGAUCAGGGAAGCGUCCGCACCACUAAAGAGACCAGCACCAAAGGAAGCAAAAAGUUCCGACUGGAGGGCACCUUGCUGAGGACCUACAUCUGUCAUAUCGUUUUCAAGACACUCUUUGAGGUGGGCUUUGUGGUGGGCCAGUACUUCCUGUACGGCUUCCGCAUCCUGCCGCUUUACAAAUGCAGCCGCUGGCCCUGCCCUAACACCGUGGACUGCUUUGUGUCUCGUCCAACAGAGAAAACUGUCUUCAUCAUCUUCAUGUUGGCUGUAGCUUGCGUCUCGCUCUUUCUCAACUUUGUGGAGAUCAGCCACCUGGGUCUCAAGAAGAUCCGCUUUGUUUUCCGCAAACCGUCCCCCGCUCCGGCACAGGGCGAGGGGUCGGCCCCCUUGACGCUUGGGAAGAGCCUCCCCCCCUUGGCUGUGUCUUCGCUGCAGAGGGCCAAAGGUUACAGGCGAUUGGACGAGGAGAAAGUUCCCCCCAUAACGCAUCUCUACCCGCUGGCAGAAGUGGGCAUGGAGGCCGGAAGGGGCGCGCCGCCAUUCCAUGGGCUGGAGGAGAAGGCGGAGGAGGAGGAAGAGCUGCCCAUGGGGGACAUUCCCAAAGCCUACGACGAGAGUUUGCCCUCCUAUGCCCAGACCACAGAGACCGGAGGGGUGACAUUGCAUCAGGUGGAUGGGGCAGAGGAGGCGCAGCCGACGGGGGUGGAAGGUGGAGAGUGGCAGGGUGCCGACACAGAGGUCCAGGGAGUGGUCACUAGGGAGGGGGAAAACACGGCCCAGGCGGGGAGGAAGGCAUCGAUAGAGGACAGCAGACCUCUGAGCCGGCUGAGCCAAGUUAGUAAGGCCAGGUCGGACGACCUCACCGUAUGAACCUGUGAGAGCCACCCCAUGCAUGUACCACUGUACCACACCAACACAUCUGCAGAAGAGCACACACACUUACUCACAUUCUAGAAAACCAACAGAGCCGGUUUGGGCCUUAAUUAAAAUUAUUGGCGAUUGAUAAUAGGGAAUGCCAUUCCAGAACUAAGGUGUCCUGUCCUUCAAAUUUAAAGUAGUCUCAAAAAGGUUAAUUCAUUGAAAUAAUAACAAUUCAAAAUACUUCUUAAAAAAUAUUUUUGGACUAGCGAGUGUCUGUGAAAUAUUAAAAAAAAAGUGUGUUUUUGGUAUUCAAAUGAAAGGUGGACAUGCUUUUACUUGACAUAAAAAAAAACAAUGUUCCGUUUUUAAGUAACAUCUUUUUUUAUCGAAAGGUUUUAAUCACAUAUGAUGGAGGGUUAGACAUUUUUACACAGUUUUAAAGUUUUAAGGAGAGAGUUCUAGUAUAAUUGUGUGUCUUUGCUGUAGUUCAUUCCCAUUUCAUUCAAUCACUGCCAUAAUGCAAACAAACCAGUGCCUACUUAGACAUUUUUAUACGCAGCUUUUGGACUUUAAAAAGUAAAGUCACAUUUUCGGUUGUUUUUUUGCACAUGGAGAUGUUCACACUGUGCAAGGCUUUUUAAAACCGUGCAUCUAUCAGGGUGCAAUCAUCUCAUGUUUAUAUUUAUAAAGUAGUGAGGAAAUGACCACAUGUCUGAAUGUCUUUUUCAAUGUCUCUUGUCAUAGACUGCGAUGCCAUUCGGAAGAGAGUGUGUAUAUACAUAGGACACAUUUUGCCCUAUUAGAGGAUGAAGUAUAGAGCCACCGCAGGCCAAAUCCACUCUCUUUUUGCUCUGUACAAACAGGCAUCCGGGUGAUAAAGAUCUUGCCCCGUCAGCACAAAGUAUUGUUGGGAGGCGGGACAAUAAAAGAAAACGGUGGCCAUCAAUGAAAACAAGCAUCCUUAACCUGGCUUGUGGGGAGAAGAACAGAGAGGAAAAUACUUAACAAUUUCCCCGAGCAAGUGUACAUAGCCCCAAUGUAAUUGUCUCAUAAUGUACAUAAUUGGCAACUUCUAUGUUUAAUGUCACAAUGUCAGAACAUGUCUAAAUGGUGCCAUUAUUCAUACGCAUUAUUCCUUUACACCAUAUUUUUGUGCCUUUAUAUGAAAAUAUAUUUAAACAUAUACAUGAUCAACCUCUUAGGAUCUUGGAAUUUCACUUGCAAACCCCCAAAGAUUCAUUCAAGCAGGAGCUACAAACACAUUACACCUCUUGCAGGGCAGCUUUGAUAUCCCUUUUUUCUAAUUCUACUCUUGUAGCCCAUAAUAAUCCAAAGAACAAAAUGAGUGAUCCCAUCUUGUUACAAGGUACUUGUUUACACUAUAAAAGUGACAUGUGACUGCUAAUGUAUGUGUUGACUGUUGCAUUACUUGUUAUGUUUGAAGGAACACAUGAUCUAUCUUUGAAAGAAAAAAAGAGCGAGAGGAAAAAAAAAACAUUUUUACUAACUUGUAGUCUUCACUGGUGAUAGUUGUGUAGUAUCUUCUUUUUAAACGCAAUGAUAAUAAAACAA